AUUAUUUAUGUGGAAGCAUGUGAGAGUGGCAGUAUCUUUGAAGGUUUAAUGCCAGAAGACCUUAAUGUAUAUGUGACAACAACAUCCAAUGCUGUUGAAAGCAGUUGGGGAACCUACUGUCCUGGGAUGGAUCCUCCACCACCACCGGAAUAUAUGACUUGCCUUGGUGACUUGUACAACGUUGCAUGGAUGGAAGACAAUGAGAAUCACAAUCUAAAGGAGGAAACAGUUGGGAAACAGUAUGAGUCAGUGAAGAUGAGGACAUCAAACCAGAACAUAUACUGUGCAGGGUCUCAUGUGAUGGAGUAUAGUGAUAAGAAUGUAAAACCUGAGAAGUUGUACCUUUACCAGGGCUUUGACCCUGCCAAUGCCAAUUUAACUGAGAAUGCACUUCGCCUCAGCAAGCAGAUGGGAGUCAUCAAUCAGAGAGAUGCUGACCUCCUAUUCUUAUGGCACAUGUAUGAAAGAUUAGAGGAAGGGUCAAACAAAAAGAAGGAAAUUCUCUCGGAGAUCACUGAGAUGAUGAUGCACAGAGCACACCUUGACAGUAGCAUCGAACUCAACGACAAUCUAAUUUUUGGAUCGGAUGUUGCACCUUCAGUCCUCAAAAUCAUGAGGCCAUCUGUUCAGGCUCUGGUUGAUGAUUGGGUUUGCUUGAAAAUAGUGGUCCAAGCAUUCAAGUUGCAUUGUGGAUCGCUCACUCAAUAUGGCAUGAAGUAUAUGCGAGCUUUCGCAAACAUAUGUAACGAGGGUGUCUCGAAGGAUGCGAUGGAAGAAGCUUGUGGUAAUGUUCGUGGAAGCUACUGUUGGGAUCUUAGAUGUCAGCCUCCUCAUCAUGAGGAGCAUCAGCAAUAUCAGCGGGAGGAAAGGAUCCCUGAGGUGGCAAGCCGCUGCUCGAAGAUGGAUAGCCCGGGAAAUCCUGCGGAGGUGGAUAUCUGGCCAUCCAGUCCAUAA